AUGUCCCACGAAGAAGGAAUCAGUGUCAAAGACACAAACAACAUCUCGUCCUCAUCAAAUGACGACUACGAAACAGGCCACUUCGGCCCCCUAGCCCACGUCAACACAGCCUCAAGCCGCUAUCCUGCCUUCGGCGGUGAUCUCCAACCUGGUCUCUACCGCGUCCCCAAAGACCGCAAGCUCGCCAACCCGGCACCGCUAGGCCUCUGCGCAUUCGCACUCACUACCUUCAUACUGGGAUGUCUCAAUAUGAGCGUCAGGGGUAUCACCAAGCCUAAUAUCAUCGUCGGACCUGCCUUGGCUUAUGGUGGGUUGGUGCAGCUCUUGGCUGGCAUGUGGGAAAUGGCUGUUGGUAAUACCUUUGGUGCGACUGUGCUCUCAUCUUACGGUGGUUUCUGGAUCUCCUUGGCUAUCACCUUCAUCCCUGGUGGAUUUAAUAUUAUGGGGGCUCUUGAAGAAGCGGAUCAUGGGUCUCAUGCUAUGUUUUACCAUUCGCUUGCGAUGUUUCUCUUUGGCUGGUUCAUCUUCACAACGCUAGUCACGAUGCUUACGCUGAAAUCCACCGUCGCGUUCUUCUCGCUCUUUUUCUUCGUCGACCUUGCCCUUCUCUUGCUCUCCCUGGGAUACCUUUUCAAUGUGGAUGGAGUGCCAAAUGAAAAGUUGAUAAAGGCUGGUGGACUGUUUGCUCUGCUUGGUGCCUUCUUGGCUUGGUAUAAUGCCUUUGCUGGUAUGGCAGAUAACAGUAAUAGCUUUUUUGUGCCUCCUGUUGUUCAUUUCCCUUGGUCUGAGAAGAAGAGGUCUGCUAGACGGAACUCGGCUGGAGAGAGUGAGGUCUAA